ACCGGCGGUUGCUGUGAUCGUGGCUGGUGUCCUUCAGGCGGAGGUCUCUCCCGCUGCAUGGGUGCGCUAUGGAGAUUCGCGAGGUGACUCCGGGCCCCUACCGCGCCACCAAGUUGUGGAAUGAGGUUACUAAAUAUUUUCGGGCUGAAAUGCCAAGACGGAAACACAGACAACACUUCAAAAAAUAUCAGAAUUGUUUUACUGCAGCAGAAGCAAUUGACUGGCUUCAUCAAUUACUCAGGAAUAACAGUAAUUUUGGUCCAGAAGUUACUAGGAAACAAACUAUUCAGCUAUUAAGGAAAUUUCUCAAAAAUCAUGUAAUUGAAGAUAUUAAGGGAAGAUGGGGCUCAGAAAACCUGGAUGACAACCAUCAUUUGUACAGAUUUCCCUCAACUUCCCCUGUUAGAAUUCUGCCACGUCAACAUCUAUUGAGUGAGAACACGGAUAAUACAACUAAGCAGACAGAAAGUAUAUUUAAAUUACCACACUACAGCAGAAGAACACCCCAAAAAUAUGCAUUUCGGGAAUGUCAGGAGAACAUAGAAAAUAUAAAAAGUGCAGCGCUGGAAGAGAAGGUAAGGUUGGAACACAGCAGGCAAAUAACUCAAGCAGACAUAGAGGAAAUCUGGAGAAACAUUGUUUUGAUACAUUUGCAAACUAUUUUAGGUAUACCAUCGUUAGAAGAGAUUUUGCACCCAGCGCUAGUAGAACCUCGGUAUAUAAUGUACAACAUGACUAAUACGAGUAAACGUGGUGUUGUACUUCUACAUGAUAAAUCAGAAGAUCUCCCUCACUGGGUGCUGUCGGCUAUGAAGUGUUUAGCAAACUGGCCUAGAAGUAAUGACAUGAGCCAGCCAACAUACAUGGGUUUUGAACGAGAUGUAUUCAAAACAGUUGCAGACUAUUUUCUUAGUCUCCCCGAACCGUUGCUAACUUUUCAGUUCUAUGAAUUAUUUAUAAACAUCUUAGAUCUGUUACAGCCUCAUUCAGAAAGAGUUGCUGUCGAAGCACUGCAGAUCUGCUGCCUGUUGAUUCCACCACCAAAUCGCAGAAAACUUCAGCUCUUAAUGCGCAUGAUCUCUCGAAUGAGUGAAAAUGUAGAUAUGCCACGCCUUCAUGAUGAAAUGGGAACCAAAUCUUUGAUGAUACAGACAUUUUCACGAUGUAUUUUGUGCUGUGAGGAAGAAGUAGACCUUGAUGAGUUGUUUGUCAAAAGAUUAGUUUCCUUUCUAAUGGACCAUCAUCAAGAAAUUCUAGAGGUCCCAACAUAUUUACUGGCCGCUGUGCAAGACCACAUAGAAACGUUAAGAAGUACUAAGAUUGAAUAUCUUGAAGAAGAACUGAGUGCCAUAUUCCCAACUUACUCUUACUGCAAGAGGAUAACUUCUCAGGAAUUUGAUGAACAAAAGAUUUAUACAUCUCAGGCAGCAAUUGCUGAGCUUUUGGAAAACAUUAUUAAGGACAGAAAAUUAUCUCUGAAAGACAAGAAGAAAAAGCUUAAGCAGUUCCAGAAAGAAUAUCCUCAGAUCUAUCGGAACAGAUUUCCAACCACAGAAAGUGAAGCUAUCUUGUUUGAAGACAAGCCCACAAUUAAGCAGCCAAUGCUCAAUCUGCGCAAACCAAAAUUUCGUACCAUGAGAAACUAAAUUAUAAUUUUAAUUAUAAUUUGUCUGUCUACUUCAUCUGCAAUAGUUUGAGAAAGCAUAUUAACAAAAUUUUGUGAGCCAGGUAUCAUAAAGGUGAAUUUGAAGAAAUGUGCCAGAACAGAGAAUUCCUUUAUCAGGAAAUGACAAUUUUGGUGUUUGCAAAAUAACCCAGCAACUGUAAAUACUCUGGUUUAGUUUUUGUUUUGUUUUUGGUUUUGGUUUUAUUUCUAUGAAUUGAGUUGGGUGAGAUGCAGAUGUAGGUAACAAUAAAUACAUGAACAGUUAAAAAGAAACAGUA